GUUUUGUUAGAUCAUUUUGGUUUUCAAUCCCUUUCACCCCCAUCUGUAUUUGUAUUUAUUUAAAUAAUCGAUAUGUUUUCAAGUUUUAUUAUAAUUUAAUACUUCUGUAAAAAUAAUUUAUUUUAUUAUAUCUUGUUAUACGGAUUCCAACAUUUGUUAACCAGUAUACCUUAUUUAUCCUUCCACAUCUGUUUAUCCUCGAGUUUUAAUAGGUUUAAAUUAAUUUCAUUGAUUAAUAAUUCCAAUAACAUUGGGUCUUUUACAAUGAGUAUCGGAGCUCCUAUUAAGCUACUGUAUGAAGGCAUAGGCCAUGUCGUAACAGUUGAGCUUCAAAAUUCUAACUUAUAUCGCGGAACCCUAACAAAUGUCGAAGAUAAUAUGAACUGCUUGUUGGAAGGUGUAGUUAUGACCAUGAAAGAUGGGAGAACCAUAGCACUUGAGCAAGUGUACCUCAGAGGAGCACAGAUUCAGUUUAUGAUCUUCCCAGAUAUGCUCAGGCACGCUCCAAUGUUUAAGGGGAACCCUAAGGAUAAAUCGAAGCAAGGCGUACCACAGAUGGGAAUGCCUAUGAGGCCAGGAGUUCCGCCAAACGUCCCUAUGCCAGUAAUGGGUAAAAUGUAAACGACUUUUGUAUUCCUUAUCUUUCCAUAUUUGGUUUAAGAUUCCUAUAACGAAAUCAUUUAAUAUACUUCACCGUGAUUCUUCAAGGAUAACAAUCGCUCUAAAAUAAAAUAAUAUUUUUCACAUCCUAA